ACUUUCCAUAAAGCGUGAGCGUGCCCGGCGGUCAACACUUCACAACGCGCCGGUGUGUAGCUCGACCCGACGUUAAUCAAUACCCACAAUGACCAGAGUUGCACUGCUUACAUUGGCCUUCCUGGCCGUGAUUGCCGUAGCCUGUGGUAAGGCUACUCUAGAAGGAGCUCUCCGAGAUGCUGCACCACAGGAAGGCAAGAUUUGGGCUCUUCUCGUAGCUGGCUCUAACGGUUACUACAACUACAGGCAUCAAGCGGACGUCUGCCACGCGUACCAUGUUCUCCACAACCACGGCAUCCCUGACGAGCAAAUUGUCGUCAUGAUGUACGACGACAUCGCCUACAGUGAGAGCAAUCCUACUCCUGGUGUCAUCAUCAAUGCCCCCAACGGGUCGGACGUCUACGCUGGAGUUCCCAAAGACUACACGGGAGACGACGUCACGCCGCAGAAUUUCUUACACGUCCUACAGGGAAGGGCCGAUCUCGUCAAGCACACCAAGGGAAGUCACAAAGUGAUCAACAGCGGCCCCGACGACCAUGUCUUCGUUUAUUUCUCCGACCACGGCGCUCCAGGCCUUGUUGCAUUCCCAAACGACGAUUUGCACGCGAAGGACCUGAAUGACGCCAUUCUUGAUCUCCACCGCCGGAAGCGGUACUCGAAGCUGGUCCUGUACGUGGAAGCUUGCGAGUCUGGGUCAAUGUUUGAAAGCCUCCUUUCGCCCUCUAUCAACGUGUAUGCAACAACUGCAGCUAAUCCGGAUGAGUCAUCCUACGCCUGCUACUGGGACGACUACCGACAGGCCUACCUGGGUGAUCUGUACAGUGUCAACUGGAUGCAGGAUUCGGACAAGGAAGACCUACACAAAGAGAGCCUGGAGAAGCAGUUCCGUAUCGUGAAACGUGAAACCAACACGAGUCACGUGAGCGAGUACGGAGAUUUGCGGUUGGGCAAGUUGAAAGUGAGCGAAUUUCAGGGAGAGAAAUCGGCUGAACCUAUUGUUGCCUCGAAAUUUCCAUUCGAUGCAGUUGACAGUCGAGAAGUUGCCCUGAUCACUUUAAAAAAGAAGCUCGCAGCUGCAGCCCCGGAAGAGCGUGAAAGUAUCGCGAAUCAGAUUGAAGACAUCCUGUUCAAGAGAUCAUUUGUCGAUAUGACGGUAGAAGAGCUUGCAAAGGAAGCAACCUUCGGAGAAAACAUCAGUCUGCGCCAUGUGCUCAAGAGCCGUUUUCCGCUACGCGGUGACGCCGACCACCUGUGUUACAAGGCGUCCGUGCGUCAUUUCAGUGAACAUUGCUUCGAUCUCUCCGACAACCCUUACGCUUUGGCCAAGCUUGGACUCCUGAGCAAUCUUUGUGCCCUCGGCCAUACACCGGCCUCCAUUCGUGCCGCUAUUGAGGCUGUAUGCACGCAUGAUCCAAUAGUUGGAGCACUUUGAAACACUUGAUUACGUCGUGAAUUGUGUGAGAAUUGUUUUGAGCAAAAUUUGCUCCUUCAGUUAUAACCCAAGCCCCUCCUUAGUAGUUUGUACGAUGUCUGAAUAAAAGUGUCAAUGAUA